CUAUAACUCCCCUCAAUCUGUCGCCGAAGUCUUCUUAAAAGGCUACUUGAUUUGACGUCGCCUUAAAGUGAUUCAAUCGAAAGAACAGCAUCGCAUCAACCGCCACAAAAGGAGGAAACCAUGCUCCAAAUUGGAGAAGAAAACCCUUCGAGGUUUGAGUUACUGAGUGUUGUAAGAAAGCACUCGAAUCUAUUGGGGAAAACGAAGGCGGACGACCAAGAUGCUUCUGACGUUGAAAUGGACGGUAAAUUUUGGCACGACGUCUUUGAUUUGUAUUUCGUUCGGGGUAAGGAGUCUAGAGGUCGCCAAGACGAUGAUCUUAUAUUUUUCGUCCGGAAAUGGAAGGGGCAUGGUUUUAACGAUAGUGACGAAAGCGUUGCUCCUUACUUUGUACGCAGGUGGGCACCUGAGUUGGAUAAGCUAGUUGGAGACAGCUUAUCAGUGGUGGAUUGGAGGCGCUCAUUUUACUUGAACAUGAUUGCCCAUACUUCAUUCUCUGUAACAGUGGCGAUUUGCAGUCAGAGUGUCCUUAAAAAUCAUCAAAUGGGGCAAGACACACCAUUGUCUGCUAUCUACAAGGUUGUGAAGACUGUUUAUGCAUCUCCCAGUAGAGUAAAUUUUCAUUUGGACUCAAAAAAGGAAGUUGAGACAACACCUGCCUAUCCAGACAUCUGUUUUGCAAUAGAUGAUUUUGACUCUACUUUUGAUGCAGUGGUCUUGACCGAUACGGAUCAUUGCUAUUGUGUGCUUCUUAAUGCACUUGAUGGUGCAGCAUUUCCUAGUGAAAAGGGUACAAAUGAUAACAGUUCCAGUAACAAAUCACCAUUAAGAGUAGAUACUAAUUCUGUGAAGACGAAAAAUAGUAAGCUCACACUUUUUUCUGGAUUUGUCAGCUAUCAAAUGGUUCGGGAUGCAUAUGAUGCUGGGAGCUCUGGAUUUGGAAGUCUUCUGUCAAUUGGUCAUUCCUCUGGCAAGAAAGAUAGACUUUACAUGAAAGGUCCUGGAGGACGUGGGGAAGUUGAAGUGGUUGUUUCAGGUGUCGUGGAUCAAAGCAAGCAGGACUCAGGCCCCUUUUCACCCAUCAUAUCAAAAAAGGGUUUUGGGUUUGGCUCAAUUGUUCGUAAAGCAGCUUCGGUUGCAUCUGUAGCAGCAAAGAAUGCUUAUGCAGCAGCUGCUGCCACUUCAUCUUCUGAUGAGGAGAUUAUACCCCUCAAAUGCUGCUUAAUGUCUAUAACAUUGCCCUGGGAAGACAUUGCUUAUGAUCUUUUGUUCAAGGGUAGUCCUCCCGUGAACUUGUAGAUGACUUGUAAUCAUGUUGCCAAAAUCUACAAAACAUGAGUAGGUGCAGAAGGGAAAAGCGUUGUAGAAGUGCAAAUGCAAACUUGGAGAGCAUGAAAGAGGGGGAUUAGCAUUAUCUCUCUCUAUAUAUAUUGGCGUUG